AUGAUGGCGACUCCUCCGAUUCCUCCCUCCCUCCCCCACGCAUCUGCCGACGCCGACAUCUGCAUCAUCGGCGGUGGCAUCUCCGGCGCCUCCACCGCCUUCUUCCUCACCAACUACACCACCUCCCUCGCAGGAGCACAGCUGCGUGUCUUCGAGCGCCGUCACAAGACACUCCGCCCACUGCCAACCAGCAGCUCCUGGUGGCGUCGCAAGCUGCACAGCCUCCUCAACUCGCUGCUGCUGCUCAAGCGAUAUGGCCUGUCCCUGCUCAAGAUGGACAAGUUUGUCCAAGUUAAUUCUUCCUUCUCUACCGUAAUUAUUCUUCCCCCACUCAUGUCUAGGAUGCACAGAUUUGCACUUGGUCAGCCUGGUGCGGAAAUCCUGCAACGGUUUAUGCUCUUCUACAAUGGCUUGGAGUCUCGCCCUGUCUUUGCCACGGUUGAGGAGAUGUUCCAAUGGAUUGGUCUCCAUGGCCUCACCCGCAGGACCCUUGAGGAGGAGCUGUUCGAUGCCGGCCUCAACACCCAAACAAUAGCAGAGCUUGUCACUCUAGCUGCUGGAUUGCUCAAGACCUCUAAUGCCACCUUGCAUAUUCAAGAAGGCAUAGACUCGAUCACUGAUGCUGGGGAUUACUAUGUUCUGAGAUCUAAUACUAGGAGCGAAUACAAAUGUACGGUGACUGUGGUGGCAACACCACUUGAUGAGGUGAACAUCAUGUUUAGCCCUCCAAUCUCCAUUCCACCGAGGAAGAUGCAGCACACACACGCCACCUUUGUUAGAGGCCUAUUGAACCCUGGAUAUUUUAGUGUAAACUCAGCAUCAAAUGUUCUAGAGCUAAUUGGUACCCUAGAGCUCCCUGAUAUCCCUUUCUCGUGCAUCUCAGUUCUGAAGAGGUACAACAAAGAUGACAUGGCCUGCAAGAUGUUCUCACGUGCAAAGCUGGAUGAUGGUUUACUGGAUCAGAUCUUCAGCGCGAGGAAAGAGACGAUCCAGAUAAACUGGGCUGCUUACCCACACUACGAAGCCCUAGAAGAGUUUGGUCCGAUAGUGUUGGACGGGAAGCAGCUGUACUACAUGAACACCUUUGAGAGCGCCACGAGCGCCAUAGAGACGGGCGCCGUGGCAUCAGAGAAUGUGGCACGGCUCAUCAUUUCAAGGCUUUCUCUACCGCAGCGAGGAGUCGAGCCUGAUGCUCCUCAUAUCAAGUCAUUCGUGGAGCAGGAGGAAGAAGGAUCCCAGCGUCGGCAUGUAGACCUGUGA